GUGGGCAAGAGCAGCAAGAUGCUGAUGCUGCAACACAUCGACUAUAGGAUGAGGUCAUCCUACAAGACGCAGAUCUUCAUUGGCACCUUCAAGGCUUUUGACAAGCAUAUGAAUUUGAUCCUCUGUGACUGUGAUGAGUUCAGGAAGAUGAAGCCAAAGAACUCAAAACAAGCAGAAAGAGAAGAGAAGCGAGUCCUCGGUCUGGUGCUGCUUUGGGGGGAGAACCUGGUCUCAAUGACGGUAGAGGAACCUCCUCCCAAAGUUACUGGCAUUGCCCGAGUGCCACUUGCUGGAGCUGCCGGGGGUCCAGGGAUCAGCAGGGCUGCUGGCAGAGGAAUUUCAGCUGGUGUUCCAAUGCCCCAGGCUCCUGCAGGACUUGCAGGGCCAGUCCCAGGGGUUGGUGGGCCGUCCCAGCAGGUGAUGAUCCCACAGGGAAGAGGCACUGUGGCUGCUGCUGCAGCUGCUGCCACCACCAGCAUUGCAGGGGCCCCGACCCAGUACCCACCCCGCCGUGGGGGUCCUCCUCCACUGAUGGGCCGGGGGACACCGCCUCCAGGCAUGAUGGGCCCACCACCUGGCAUGAGGCCUCCCAUGGGCCUGGUUCCUCCUGGUUGAGGAACUCUGAUGGGCAUGCCCCCCCGCGCCGCCCCCCCGGGAUGUGGCCCCCUCCCCCCGGGCAUUUCGGGGCCCCCUCCCCCGGGAAUGCGCCCACCAAGGCCCUAG